AUGUCCGACUUCGAUGAACGACCUGCCUCGGAGCGACACGGACCAGGCAGCACACGUCUACCCCUUCCACGACCCGAAGCUGAAGGGGAAGUGCGGUUGCCCACGGUCGCAAACGCCUCGCCUGACGAGAUGUUGCACGCCGACCUCUACAAGACUUGGUUGAACGUCAAAGUCACCAACUUCAACUUGGGAUCUGGACGGGGCACGCUUCAGCGAUGGCCGUUCGACAAACCAACGGUCGAGCAGACCAUGGGCCGUAUGCCAUCUGGCCAGGGCACCGUCUACAUGGACGAUCUUGGUGGCGUCCGGGAGGCCAUCGAGAUGACCAGUGCCCGCAUCAAGAAGGACGUCGCCAACGCCAACAAGGACGAGGCGCCCGCAAAGAAGGGCGUCGCCAAGAAGCCGGACGACACCAAGGAGCCCCGCUGGCGCCAGUAA